CUGUGCCUACGCCGGCGGGGACCCCAAACCAGAGCAGCAGCGGGACCCGCGCCGCACUGCGCCGGGGCUGGCCGGGGUCCGAGGCUCCAGUGAGCGAAAGGCGAGCGAGGGGCGAGCGCGCGGCAGACGGCUGUCCAGGUCCCCGCGGAGCCCCGGAACCCGGCGGGGCGACUGCCGCGAUGUUCCCCCGGGACACGACGUGGAACAUCUCGUUCGCAGGCUGCGGCUUCCUCGGCGUCUACCACAUCGGCGUGGCCUCCUGCCUCCGCGAGCACGCGCCCUUCCUGGUGGCCAACGCCACGCACAUCUAUGGCGCCUCGGCCGGGGCGCUCACGGCCUCGGCGCUGGUCACUGGGGCCUGCCUGGGUGAGGCUGGUGCCAACAUCAUUGAGGUGUCUAAGGAGGCCAGGAAGCGGUUCCUGGGCCCACUGCACCCCUCCUUCAAUCUGGUGAAGACCAUCCGUGGCUGCCUGGUGAAGACGCUGCCUGCUGACAGCCACGAGCGGGCCAGCGGGCGCCUGGGUAUCUCCCUGACCCGGGUCUCGGACGGCAAGAACGUCAUCAUAUCCCACUUCAACUCCAAGGACGAGCUCAUCCAGGCCAAUGUCUGCAGCACCUUCAUUCCCGUGUACUGUGGUCUCAUCCCCCCCUCCCUCCAGGGCGUGCGGUAUGUGGACGGCGGCAUCUCUGACAACCUGCCACUCUACGAGCUCAAGAACACUAUCACCGUGUCCCCCUUCUCGGGGGAGAGCGACAUCUGCCCGCAGGACAGCUCCACCAACAUCCACGAGCUGCGAGUCACCAACACCAGCAUCCAGUUCAACCUGCGUAACCUCUACCGCCUCUCCAAGGCCCUCUUCCCUCCGGAGCCUAUGGUGAUGCGCGAGAUGUGCAAGCAGGGCUACAGGGACGGCCUGCGCUUCCUGCGGCGGAAUGGCCUUCUGAACCGGCCCAACCCCCUGGUGGCCCUACCCUCCGCCAGUCCCAGCGCCCCGGCGGAUGAGACCGCGGAGGAGGCUGAAGCGGCAGAUGAGACCGCGGAGGAGGCUGAAGCGGCCUCGGAGAGGACCCGAGCGGAGGACCACCCGCAGCCGCCCGGGGAGGAUCACAUCCUGGAGCACCUGCCCGCCAGGCUCAAUGAGGCCCUGCUGGAGGCCUGCAUGGAGCCCAAGGACCUGCUGACCAUCUUCUCCAACAUGCUGCCCGUGCGCCUGGCCACGGCCAUGAUGGUGCCCUACACGCUGCCGCUGGAGAGCGCCGUGUCAUUCACCAUCCGCUUGCUGGAGUGGCUGCCCGACGUCCCUGAGGACAUCCGGUGGAUGAAGGAGCAGACGGGAAGCAUUUGCCAGUACCUGAUGAUGCGCGCCAAGAGAAAGCUGCGCAGCCACCUGUCCUCCAGGCUGUCGGAGCAGGUGGAGCUGCGCCGUGCCCGGUCAUUGCCCUCCGUGCCACUGUCCUGCGCCACCUACAGCGAGGUGCUGCCCAAUUGGAUGCGAAACAGCCUCUCGCUUGGGGACGCGCUGGCCAAGUGGGAGGAGUGCCAGCGCCAACUGCUGCUGGGUCUCUUCUGCUCCAACGUGGCCUUCCCGGCCCUGGGGCCGGCUAAGGCCCCCCCACCCUCCUCCGCAUUCUGCAUGGGCUGCAGAGCCCAGAGCUGGGGGAGCCGGGGCACGGGGCGGCCGGGGGGCUCCGGGACCGGCCCUGGGCGGCGCCCGCCAGCAGUGCAGUAUUACUCCGGAGAACUUUGCACCCGCUCCCCCUCCCGAUUCUCCAUGUUGCGCUGA